GAAGGAAGGAAGGAAGGAAGGAAGGAAAGGGGGAGCGAAGUGCUCGGGGUUCUUUUUCCUCUUUAAUCCCUUCCCUGCUUGAGUCAGAGGCUGAAGUCACCGGCAGGAACAUCGCGAAGCUUUUCCCCCACCUCGGGGAGUCUUGCCUGCCCCUAAAAGGAUGUGCUGACCCCCGUGAGUGGCAUUUGGGGGAGCAGAGCCGCAUGAGACCAGGAACUCAUCACACAGCGAUGCUGCCGAGGAAAGCAGAGAAGAGAAUUGCUUCGUCCAUCUUCAUCACCCUCGUGCCACCACGGAGGGACGUGGCCACCAAGGAGAAAACCCAACGGGAGCCAGAGCCAGAUGGUGCUGAGGUCCCCGGCACCCAUCACCCCCAGAUCCCGCCGCCGGCCCCCACGUUGCCCAACGGAGGCGCUUAUCGGUGCUGUUUGUCCCCUCUUGCCUCGAUGGCGUUUGCUUUUGGGGCAGAAACCCACCCAGUGGCCUCUGUGCCUUCACCCCCAUCAGUCUUCCCCCUCUCUGAAGUGCCCCAGCCCUUGUCUGAGGAGGCGCUAGGUCUGGCACUGCAACAACUGGACCUUGCAGCACCCGCUGCCCUCCAGGCCCCUUCCACCUUCCCUGCUGAAUUGAAGCCGCCCACAUUUUGUCAGGAGCAAGCAGGCGAGCAGCAGUGGCAGGAUGUGAAUGGGCACCCAGAGAGGGACAGCUCCAGAGACAUCUGUGCCUUCUGCCACAAAGCGCUGGGGCCCCGGGAGCCGGCAGUGGAGGCGAUGCGGAAGCAGUACCACCCUGACUGCUUCACCUGCCGCACGUGUCACCGGCUCCUGGCUGGGCAGCGCUACUUCCAGAGAGAUGGGCGCCCCACGUGCGACACCUGCUUUCAGGCCACGCUGGAGAAAUGUGCCAAGUGCCAGGAGCUGAUCACGGAGCACAUCGUCCGUGCCCUGGGCAAGGGCUACCACCCCAGCUGCUUCUCCUGCGCUGCCUGCGGCCGGGCCAUGGGCACCGAGAGCUUUGCCGUGGACGAGCAGGGUGACGUGUACUGCGUGCCUGACUUCUACAGGUGGGCAAUGGGGGGUUUCCUCCCGCACUGGGAGUCGGGCUCGGCCCGUCCCCGUCACCCCGCAGGGCUCACAGCGCUCCCGUUUGCUCCCGUCAGGAAAUACGCCGCGGUGUGCAGCGCCUGCGAGCGCCCCAUUGUCCCCCAUGAGGGCGAGGACACCUACAAGAUCGAGUGCCUGGGACGCAGCUUCCACGAGAGCUGCUACCGCUGCGAGAGCUGCAGGAUGCCCCUGUCGCCAGAGAUGACAGAGAAUGGGUGCUACCCCUUGGAUGACCACCUCCUCUGCAAGUCCUGCCACGUCCGCUGGCGCAACGAGUCAUCCUGCUGAGACCCUGCAGCUCAUCAACCUCUUCCAGUGCCAGGCACCAAAAAGGGGGUGCCCCCAGUGGGAUGUGCCCCAUGGCCGACCCUGCUUGUUUGGAGCACCCCCUAAUCACUGCAGAACUGGGUUUUCAUCUCCAAAAUGGCCCUGACCUGGGGGGGGGGGGUGGAUAAUUGUGAAUUUAUUGUGGAUAUGUGCCAGCACUCAUGAUGAAUAUAAAAUGCUGCCCUGACAGAGCAGCGAUGAGGAGUAGAGGUUUUGUUCCUUAUUUCCUUUUUAAAACUCUUUUUUUCAAGGCCAGUUUGGGUUUCUUGGGUGGUGUUUCUUUCUUCCCAAGCUUCCUUGGUGUUUCACUGAAAUGUUUCUCUCUCUGUGGAGAGCAGGAACCGAUUUAGUUACUCACAGUUAAAUUAAACCCC